AUGGGAUAUCCCAGAUGGAAAUUGAUUGAACAUCGUAAAAGUGAUAGUUUAACUGUUCAUAUCGGUUUAUUCGAUCGUUGUGAAGAUGUAUUCUUCAAAAAUGGUUAUUUAUAUAAUAAAACUUAUCCCAUAUGUGAUUCAAAUAAGUAUUUACCACCUAGUAGUCCACUUACGACAAGAUUGUGUACGAUAGAAUACAAUGAUGCGCAUUGUCAAAAAUUAUGUAAUAGACUGGACAAGACUCUACCUGCAUGUGAUUAUCUAUCAUUUACAAAAGGCUUAAUUGCAUGUACAAUAGUGGCUGCUUGUACGAUUGGCUUAGCAUUGAUCAUGACUUAUUCAAAUUUAUUAAUAAAUCCAUUUAAAUACAAAACUCAUAUAAUCGUAUCGUCUAUCUCUUUGUUUCUAUUAUUUAUUGGUUUUGCAGCACUUCUAACAACAUUAAUAAUACUUGGCUCUUAUAUGCAACGAGAUUUAUUCGAAUAUUUAUACAAUUUAAGUAAUCAACUACAACGAGGUAACUUGAAUGCAACACAAAAAGCUAAUCUUGAACGAUUAAUUCGUAGUACAGCGACAAACGACUAUGACGUACGAUUAAACUGGUCAUCUGGUUUAGAAAUUGUCUCGUUAAUAAUGACAACUUUUAGUUUAAUAACACAAGUCGAUCCAGGAACGGCUGCCUCGUAG